AUGUGUAACUUUCGCCAUGAUAUGGAAGCAAGGGAACAAUCCAUGAGAGGUGUAUGUUUUGAGUUUUUGAAUAAAAGAAAAUGUGAAAUAGGUGAUGAUUGCAGCUAUAAACAUAGUUUACAGGAGAAAGUCGAAGGGAAUUCAAGAUCAAAGGAAUGUUGGUUUUGUUUAUCGAGUCCAAAUGUCGAAUCACAUUUGAUUACCAGUGUUGGUAAGAAUUGCUGUUGUGCUCUUGCUAAAGGACCAUUGGUUCAACAUCAUGUACUUAUAUUACCAAUUGAACAUCUACCAAAUACUCUCACUUCACCUCCAGAAUGUGAGAUAAAGUUGGUUAAUUCCAGAAGAUUCUUAAAGAUUAUUUCAAGAGCCAUGGAAAAGAAGUUGUUUUCUUUGAGUGGGUUUAUGUAA